UGCUUCCCGACUUCUGUUUGUCCACCUUUCGUGCAGAUGAAUGUCCGUGCUUCUGUGGUGGGCAGGUAUUAAGAGAAGAGUCCCAAUGCACAGCACAAGAUGCUUCCUCUCCAGGGUGGAUCUCUUCUCCAAAUCAGAACUGCUCCCCUGGUGUGCCAGAAAACCUCCGUGUUGGUCACAGCUCUUUUUGGGCUCAGCAUGUAAGGGAAACUUCACCCACGUGAUAGCCAAGAAGCACCAAAGAGGACAGAAAAGUCAGAAGAAACCAAGACAUCUUGGACCACCAGAUGGUUCCUGGCAGGAAAGGCUGGCUGAUGUUGUGACGCCACUCUGGAGGCUGAGCUAUGAAGAACAGCUCAAGAUGAAAUUUGAAGCUCAGAAGAAAAUUCUACAGAGACUAGAGUCUUACCUCAAAAUGCUCAAUGGAGUCAAUGGAACAAUAGCUGCACCCAGAUCCGAGGGGCUAUGUUGUUUUCUCCAUCCUAUUAUACCUUCUCCUGUCAUUGAUGGCUACCGAAAUAAGUCCACCUUCUCUGUGAACCGAGGUCCAGAUGGCAAUCCGAAGACUGUGGGGUACUACCUGGGAUCUUGGAGAGAGGGGAACGUCGUCUGUGUACGAUCUAACCAUCUGAAAAACAUCCCCGAGAAACACAAUCAAGUGGCACAGUACUAUGAAAUACUCCUUCAACAGUCCCCAAUGGAGCCCUGCCUUCUGUUUCAUGAAGGUGGGUACUGGCGUGAGCUCAUAGUCCGCACCAAUAGCCAAGGACAUACAAUGGCCAUCAUCACUUUCCAUCCCCAGGAAUUAACGCAGGAGGAGCUCUGUGUUCAGAAGGAGACCAUAAAGGAGUUUUUCACCAAAGGGCCAGGAGCAGUCUGUGACUUGACAUCACUUUACUUCCAGGAAAGCACCAUGACCCGUUGCAGCCAUCAGCAGUCCCCCUACCAGCUCCUAUUUGGGGAACCCCACAUCUUUGAAGAUCUCUUGGGCUUGAAGAUUCGCAUUUCUCCAGAUGCCUUUUUCCAGAUUAACACUGCUGGUGCAGAGAUGCUGUAUCGAACAGUGGGGGAGCUGAGUGGAGUGAACUCUAACACCAUCCUCCUUGACAUCUGCUGUGGAACUGGUGUGAUCGGCCUCUCUCUGGCUCCGUAUACCUCCCAGGUCCUUGGGAUUGAGUUAGUGGAGCAGGCGGUAGAGGAUGCCAGGUGGACUGCAGCCUUCAAUGGCAUCACCAACUGUGAAUUCCACACUGGUCGAGCAGAGAAGAUUUUGCCACAGCUACUAAAGUCAAAGGAAGAUGGGCAGUUAAUUGUUGCUGUAGUGAACCCAGCCCGGGCGGGACUGCAUUACCAGGUGGUUCAAGCUAUUCGAAACUGCAGGGCCAUCCGCACACUAGUUUUUGUUUCCUGCAAGCCCCAGGGUGAAACCGCAAGGAACAUCAUUGAGCUGUGCUGUCCUCCAAACUCUGCGAAGAAGCUCCUUGGGGAGCCUUUCGUCCUGAGACAAGCUGUGCCCGUGGAUCUGUUCCCCCACACCCCGCACUGCGAGCUGGUGCUCCUCUUCACCCGAUAGAUAAGCAGCCUCCUACAAGCUUGCAAGCUCUUUCUUAAGGCUGAAGUGUCGGUGACUUCCAGGUUUGGCAUAUUGCUACAUUACAGACCCUGAGAGCAUUGCUGGGGAAACCAAUCUUUGGCUCGUGAGCAGGAAGAAUCUAGUGGGCCUCUGGUCUGAGGCAGAUUUAUAACCUUAGCUCUCAGGUUCACUGGCUGUCGUGCGAGUUUGCUAGGUUGUGACCACUCGCUGGCCCUGGAUCUGGACUGUUCCUUCCUUUUGCCGUCAGCCGGCCGUGGUUCCCUGGGUCCUUGUCUAUAGUCUUGUCUCUGGCUCUGCCUGAGGUGGUAGGGUGGUCACCGUGGUAGGGUGACCAGUGAGCUUUUCUCUGAAGCUGGUCAUCAUUUCGUAUUGACUCGGGUCUCUGUAUUUGCCCAGAGAUUUUACUAGUUGUGAUCUGCAUUCAUGAGGUAGCCAAGGAUUAGAACUGGAAACAAGUCUAGCUUUUUUUAAAAAGCAGAGUAAGCUAUGACGUGACUGCAGAGCGACUGCGUGAUCUCGUUAGGGCUUCAUUCCUUUGGGUUUUCUAGGCUUUGAGGCUUCUAGAACAGUCUUUAAAAAUGUGGUUACCCCUGGGAGCAAUAGCACCAAUUAGCUCUCACCUGUGGAGGGAGAGUUGGAUGUAGUGGAGACCCUAUAAGAAAGGGGAACUUCAAAGCAGACACUGAAUCCCUAUAAUUGUGUUGUGUAGUGUAGAGACAGAAAGCUCUAGAAUCCCCUAAUGAUCCAGUAUGUGCUAUAAUAAACUGGAUAUUGAAAUUAAUAUUCUCUAGUCAUGAUUUCUUUAACUCUGGAGUUAUUCUUGGAUACUUGCCCAGCAAUUUAGAUUAUGUUUUGAAUCUUAACAGCCUAAGGACGUGUAACUUAGCAAACACCGUCUGAUUUACAAAAUGAUACAAGAUCAACUAGAGUUUUCAAUUCUUCUCAAUCCUAAAUACCUCUUGAGAAGCCUUUCUCAGAAAAAUAUGGCUCUUAAGACUACUUAUAUAGAUAUCCAUUUAAAAAAUACUAGAAAGAAGUAAUCUAAAAUGACAAAAAUUAUUAAUGGUAGUCAGAUUGACAAGUUUUAUUUCCAUUUCCCUAUUUUUCAUUUUAUAUAAAUAUUGUUAUGUAUUAUUUAUUUCCAUUUUUCUAAUUUUCAUUUUAUGUAAAUAAUAUUAUUUCUAUAACUUAAACAAUUUUAAUGUAAAGCAACCAGAGUGGGUUUUCAAAAAUGCCAAGCUCACUGUGUUUCUUCAGUGCUUGAAAUCUGUCAUUGGCUUAUUACUGCUUUUAAAAUAAACUCCCAAAUGAUUCAUUAGCCUCAAAGCCCCUUCAUAAUCUAGGCAGCCUCAUUUUUCUAUACAUCUUGAGUUCCUUUCCCUGAAAAAUACAAAUUUCUUCUGUCCUGCUCCUUUCCACAUUCUAUUUCCUCAGUUUGGAAUGCGCUUUUUCCUUCUGGCUAGCUCAUCUUUCUAUUUUUAACUUAGCUAUUUCCACAAGGAAUAUCUAAUGAAUAAAUACAGGAUUAGCUGUAGAUAAUCAACUUCUGUUAGUGUUGUAUCUUGUAAGUAAGAUGAUUUUAGAAUCAUGGUUUUGUCAUUUUUAUAAUAAAAACUUUUAAACUUAGAAGAAAGUCGAAAGAGUAGUACAAUGAACAUCAGUGUAACACAGAGAUUCAACAAAUGUUAACAUUUUGCCAUAUUUGCUUUAUCUAUGUGUGUAUCUGUUCUUCGAUAAACCAUUUUAAAGUCAGUUGUAGACACCAUGACACUUCACCUUUAAAUAUCUCAGCAACACUGUCUAAGUAUAAGGACAUUUUUCUACCUAUUAUACCAUAAGCCCAGUUAAAAAUAAUGACCAGUCCAUCACUGAUCUUUACUAACAUUAUCUAAUAUCUAGUCCAGUGCUUCCUCGUGUGAUUUGCAGACUGCUUGAUGGUUCACAGAGAUAAGGAGCUUGCACCAGAGAGUGUAUCAGUGUGCCACAUCCUUCAUUGAGAAAAUCUUGUUACCAAAAAUAUGUCAGCCGCAUUAAAUAGUGUGCUCAGUGACGUGGUUCAUUUAUAUCUGUGGGCUGGCUGAGUAGCACUGCUCUAUAUUCAGAUUUCCCCAGCGGUCCCCUGAAUGUCUUUUAUGGCCAGUUCACAUGUUGCAUUUUAGUCUUUUUAGUCUCUUUUAAUCUAGAACAGUCUCCCCACCCUUUGUUAACGGCACUGGGGCCACUUAGGAAUCUGACUGUAGUGUGCCCAACAGUACUGGUUUGCCUGGGACUCUCCUGGUUUAACACUGAUCCAGCUCUCUGUGUUUUAUUUAAUUUGCCCUCCAGGUGAUUCUGAUGCAUGUUCAAGUUUGAGAACCACUGGUUUAGAGCAACAGUUCUCAGCCUUGGUUGUGUCAACUAAAAUUAAAAACGCACAGUGCGAGA